GCUGACUCCAUUCAUGUGUGGGAACGAACAGAGGACACAGAUCUAGAGUAGGCAAGAGGAUGGACAGGUCCGUUCGAGUGAACAAUCAUUCAUCGCUGUCUCAUGCAUUCAUUGCAACGAGCUGACACACUAGUGUGGGCUCCAGGUGUGAGUCAGCUCCGCCACCUGCUUCUUGCCUUGGUCACGGUAGUCCUGAAACACCCGACAUAGCUCCUCGUACGUGAUGCAGUCCGUAAUCGACUGCACACACGCAGGUACGUAUGCAACGACAUUAGACACGUGACGGCAUAAUGUCAUGUCUCGUCCUUUCGCGAAUCUGAUGCGAGCCGGCCUCAAACCCACCUGACCUGUUCCACUUUGUUGACUGUUUUGACAUCAUUGGCCGUCAGCUUGUCAUCUGGAGAAACAAAGGCGCCGGCCCCAUACACAUGCAGGCACAAGAGAAGAGGUGUGGCAGAUCAACGCGCGCAAAGCUAUCUACCCCUCCUGUGUGUUGGGUGCCUUUUGCUGCCUGCAGCAUACCCCUGAGGCGUUGGACGAUCCAUCCGCCCUCCACCCACUCUCCCUGGGCAGUGUACUUGUCCAGGUCAAUGGGAAGAAACGUCUUGACGUCCUCGCGGCGAAAGCACUCCCAUAUCUGACCGCUCGGAUUCAGCUCGUCCGCCUUCCUGCAUCAACCAGCGGAUUCACACAUGGAUGCACGCACACACACCAAUGCGAACAGGCGGCCGCGCCACCAAGGGAAAGCUCUGCCAGCCCCCUCCGUGGCCGUGCGGGUGUUUGUGUCUGCGUGUGCCAUUCAUCUUUUGCGAAGCGUGUGCGUACCUUGCUUUGGCCAUGAGUUCGUGGUACAUGUCCCCAACAGGGGCGAGCCAGCCGUACGGCACGUUGACUCCCUGUCCCGCACACACACACCAGACGGGCAGAUGAGGCACGCAUACACUAAUGCGGGCGACCGACGACCACAGUGAAUGCCAUUCCAUUCAUUGCCUGGCCUUGGCUCACGUGCUUUGCAACGUAUAGCUUCACAUAAGCUGGCUCCUUGCCAUUGUAGAUGACCUCAAUGCGGAAGUCAACCUGCAUCCACACACCACAUGACGCGAUGUGACAGAGCACCAGACAGCUUCGGCUUCCGUCGGUAGCUUACUGUGUUGAGGUGUGGCGGCUUCCACUUCAACAGUUGGCGGCACGUACCUGGGAUGUAUGGCACCUUCACUGGGGUGAAGAUGAUCCCAUCAGACUCAUGCGGAAGCUUCGACGAGAAACCCAUGAUCGUCGGGAUGUGCCAAAUCUCAAAGAAGUCCUGAAUCAGCACACACGAAUUGGACUGUGACACUAGCGAUGGCAGCACUCAGUGCUAGCCAGCCAAGAGCUCUCUGAACGACCUUGAGGAAUAUCUCGAAGGGCUCAUUUGGAGCCUCGUUUUGCACCAUCCACUGUCGUCGCGGCUCCACGACCUCCACCAAUGCCUUCUUCAGGCGCUCGAGAAGGUUCUCCUUGACGACGCUGACGCCGUUGAUCGCUAUCGCAUCAUAGAUGAGGAACCGCAAUCGGCGAUCUGCAGAGCCACCGCCGUUGCUCGGCUUUGCGACAUCCUCCACCAGCUCGCCGUCGAGGAGAGUGUCGUGGUGCGUCUUGAGCGGCCUUCCGUCAUCAGCAGUUGGCAGCUGGCCCCCGGUGCUCCGAUCCCUCGUCGGAAGAGUGACAGAGCACUGCAUGACCUCCUCGCUCCGGUCGAGGAGGUACACGUGGCCUCGUCCGUCACUUCCCGUCGCCGCGUAAAGCAUGUACCGCACACCAUCCGUCUUCUCACAGGCCACGUACAGGUUCCGGAGAAUCUCUGACAAAUUCGACUUGCUCAGGGAGACAGGUUGAGAGCCAGGAAAGGAAGACUCAGACCACACGCAAAGCUUCCGGCAGCGCUCGCGAAUCUGCGAAUAACGAACCAACAUGAGAACACAACAGAACAAAGCACGAUAGUUGGCUCCUGACGUUGACCCCACCUGAGUCAGCAGGCGGGCAUGCUUGGGGUGCUCUAGCCUGUGCAUUCCGGCUGGGUGCAUCCUUGUACGACUGGAUAGACGGAAUGAUCGGUACGGCGGGAGAGGAUAUCCUCGCGAAUUCCUCGGAAUGGGGAAAAUCCCG